AUGGAGGAAGCACUGGAACUGGCACGCGCUAAAGACGGCAAGGAAAGGAUGGCAGGCGUGGAGCGUCUCCACCAAGUUCUAGAAGCUUCUAGAAAGAGUCUCAGUUCAACCGAAGUUUCCUCUCUCGUCGAUUGUUGCUUGGAUCUCUUGAAGGAUAGUAGUUUUAGGGUCUCUCAAGGCGCGCUGCAAGCUUUGGCUUCCGCCGCUGUUCUCUCCGGCGAUCACUUUAAACUUCACUUCGAUACACUUGUUCCUGCUAUCGUUGAUCGGUUAGGUGAUGCUAAGCAACCUGUUCGUGAUGCGGCUAGAAGGCUUUUGCUCACUCUCAUGGAGGUUUCAUCUCCUACAAUAAUUGUUGAAAGAGCGGGGUCUUUUGCUUGGACAUGCAAAAACUGGAGAGUCAGAGAGGAGUUUGCGCGAACUUUGACAUCUGCAAUUGGUCUAUUCUCAUCUACUGAACUACCCCUCCAGCGGGCUAUUCUUCCUCCUACUUUGCAAUUGCUGAGUGAUCCAAAUCCUGUUGUCAGGGAAGCAGCUAUUUUGUGCAUUGAGGAAAUGUUUGCACAAGCUGGGUCUCAAUUUCGUGAUGAACUUCAGCGCCACGACCUCCCUUCUUCUCUGGUGAAAUAUAUUAAUGCUAGGCUAGAGGGAAUUCAACCAAAAGUCCAGUCUUCAAAUGGUAUUUCUAGUGGUUAUAAUGUUCCUGGUGAAAUUAAUCCUUCAAGUGUUAAUCCCAAGAAAAGUAGUCCAAAGGCUAAAAGUUCAUCGAAGGGCACAUCACUUUUUGGAGGAGAAGGUGAUGUAAGUGAGAAAGCCAUAGAACCUAUCAAGGUGUAUUCAGAGAAGGAAUUCAUCAGGGAAAUUGAGAAGAUUUCAUCUAUCCUUGUACCAGAAAAGGACUGGUCAAUACGAAUUGCUGCCUUGCAGAGAAUUGAACGUCUUGUUUUGGGAGGAGCUGCUGAUUAUCCAUGUUUUUUUGGAAUCCUAAAACAGCUUGUUGGACCUUUAAGCACACAACUCUCAGAUCGAAGGUCUACCAUUGUGAAGCAGGCAUGCCAUCUAUUAUGCUUUUUAUCGAAAGACCUCUUGGGUGAUUUUGAAGCAUGUGCUGAAACUUUCAUACCAGUCCUUUUGAAGCUGGUUGUGAUUACUGUGCUUGUAAUUGCAGAGUCUGCAGAUAACUGCAUAAAAACGAUGCUACGCAACUGCAAAGUUGCUCGUGUGCUUCCUCGGAUUGUUGAUUGUGCUAAAAAUGAUCGUAGUGCAAUACUUCGUGCAAGGUGUUGUGAUUAUGCUCUUUUGAUACUAGAACAUUGGCCUGAUGCACCAGAAAUACAACGAUCAGCAGAUUUAUACGAGGAUAUGAUAAGGUGUUGUGUUUCAGACGCAAUGAGCGAGGUGCGGUCGACUGCAAGGAUGUGCUACAGAAUGUUCGCAAAAACUUGGCCCGAGCGUUCCCGUCGUCUAUUUUCAUCCUUUGACCCUUCUAUUCAAAGGUUGAUAAAUGAAGAGGAUGGAGGCAAACAUAGGCGACAUGCAUCACCUUCCAUUCGUGAUAGAAGUGCACCAAUUCCAUCAACUAAUCAAGCAUCAAAUCCCGCUAAUCUGACUGGUUAUGGAACUUCAGCUAUUGUUGCCAUGGACAGAAGUUCUAGUUUAUCAACGGGGACUUCUGUCUCCUCUGGUGUUCUUCUUUCACAAGCUAAGUCACUUGGUAAAGGUACAGAACGUAGUUUAGAAAGUGUACUGCAUGCAAGCAAACAGAAGGUCACUGCUAUUGAGAGCAUGCUUAGAGGUUUGGAUUUGUCAAAUAAGCAUAAUUCAUCUGCUCUGCGAUCUUCAAGUUUGGAUCUAGGAGUUGACCCUCCCUCAUCUCGUGAUCCUCCAUUCCCUGCUUCUGUUUCAGCCUCUAAUCAUCCGACCAUCCUUUCAACAACCGAAUCAUCUGGUUUGGGUGUCAAUAGAGCUAGUAGCCGGAACAAUGAUUUUUCAGCAUACACAAAUAAAAGAGCUACUGAAAAAUUACAAGGAAGAAGUUCUGUUGAUGAAAACAGUUAUAUCAGGGAGACUAGGCGAUAUACGAGCCCCACUGUGGAUAGGCAGUAUAUGGAUACCCUCUGUAGAGAUGGAAACUUUAGGGAUUCACAGAAUAGUCAAGUGCCUAAUUUUCAGAGGCCUCUAUUGAGAAAGAACGUAACUGCACGCGUGUCUGCUGGCAGGAGAAGGAGUCUUGAUGAUAGUCAAUUAUCUAUUGGAGAGAUGUCAAAUUAUGCAGAUGGACCGGCAUCUCUUCAUGAAGCUCUGAGUGAAGGACUUAGUUCUGGUUCUGACUGGUCUGCCAGGAUUGCUGCCUUUAAUUACCUUCACUCGUUAUUGGAGCAUGGUCAAAAAGGAGUUCAAGAAGUAGUUCAGAAUUUUGAGAAAGUAAUGAAGUUAUUUUUUCAGCACUUGGAUGACCCCCAUCAUAAAGUUGCACAGGCGGCUCUCUCCACACUUGCAGAUAUUAUUUGUACAUGCCGAAAGCCGUUUGAGAGUUACAUGGAACGAAUGUUACCCCAUGUGUUUUCUCGUUUAAUUGACCCCAAAGAGCUAGUCAGGCAAGCAUGCUCUACGACUUUGGAGGCUGUUGGUAAAGCGUACAGUAUAGAUUCUCUGUUGCCUGCAUUGCUACGAUCUCUUGAUGAACAAAGGUCCCCUAAAGCUAAAUUGGCUGUUAUUGAGUUUGCAAUCAAUUCCUUUAACAAGCAUACAAUGAACCCAGAAGGUGCUGCUAAUAUUGGAAUCCUAAAAUUAUGGCUUGCCAAGUUAGCCCCAUUGGUUCAUGAUAAAAAUACAAAGCUUAAAGAAGCAGCUAUUACAUGCAUUAUAUCAAUAUACUCCCACUUUGAUUCAUCUGCAGUUUUGAAUUUUAUUCUUAGUUUGUCCGUUGAUGAACAAAAUUCGUUGAGACGAGCCCUUAAACAGCGCACCCCUCGCAUUGAGGUAGACUUAAUGAACUAUCUGCAGAACAAGAAAGAGCGGCGUACUAAAUCUUCCUAUGAUCCAUCUGAUGUUGUAGGAACAUCCUCUGAAGAGGGAUAUGCUGGUUUGUCUAGGAAAGCUCAUUAUAUGGGGAGGUAUUCUGGCGGUUCUCUAGAUAGUGACGGUGGCAAGAAAUGGAGUUCCCAAGAUUCAAACUUGAUUAUAGCCAGUCUUGGCCAACCAGCUUCUGAUGAAACAGAGGAACAUUUGUAUCAUAAUCUUCAGACUGAUUGUGAUAAUGGUAUUGUUGGUUCAAAAACCAAAAAUCUUGCUUACCCAGUCAAUUCAAUGGAUCAAAGCUUUGGCUUUCAAACUGACCAACUUGGAUAUGAGGAUAGUAGCAUUAACUUUGAAGGCAUAUCAUCUGAUGUGGAUGUUAAUGGUCUGAUGUCAUUAGAACAUUUAAAUAUUUCCAAAUUGAACCAUAAUCAUCACUCAGCUAAAGAUGUGAAGGGAAACUGCAUGACAAACAUAGGACUCAGCAUUCCUCAAAUUCUUCAUAUAAUAUGCAGUGGGGGUGAUGGAAGCACUAUUUCAAGUAAGCGGACUGCACUUCUACAGUUAGUUGAAGCUUCUGCAGAAAAUGAUCAUUCUGUUUGGAUCCAGUACUUCAAUCAGAUUUUGACUGUUGUGCUUGAGGUGCUGGAUGAUUCAGAUUCCUCAAUCAGGGAGCUUGCUCUUUCAUUGAUAGUUGAAAUGCUUAAAAAUCAGAAAGAUGCCAUGGAAAAUUCAGUUGAGAUUGUAAUUGAAAAGCUCCUUAAUGUUACAAAGGAUAUUGUUCCCAAGGUUUCAAAUGAAGCGGAGCACUGCCUGACAAUUGUUUUAUCUCAGAAUGAUCCAUUUAGAUGCUUAAGUGUUAUUAUUCCUCUUCUGGUUACUGAGGACGAGAAAACUCUAGUCACUUGUAUAAAUUGCUUGACUAAGAUUGUGGGGCGGCUCUCUCAGGAGGAAUUGAUGGCUCAGUUACCCUCAUUUCUGCCUGCAUUGUUUGAAGCUUUUGGAAACCAGAGUGCGGAUAUUCGUAAGACUGUUGUUUUCUGUCUAGUGGAUAUCUAUAUCAUGCUUGGGAAAGCAUUCUUGCCAUAUUUGGAAGGACUUAAUAGCACACAACUGAAGUUGGUUACUAUUUAUGCAAAUCGUAUCUCACAUGCAAGGACAGGAAAAUCAAUUGAUGCUGCUACCGAUUAG